UCAUAGUUUACAAUGCAAUUAUAAGAAUUUUUGAAAAAUUAUUUGGGCUCAUUAAUGUGCCCUCAUCAGUCACUACUGCGUGUACCGGCUAGGUACGGCAUUGGCAGCAAGCUGUGACAUCAGCUGACGUAUGCGCAUAAAGCUCUCGCGUGAGAUAAAAUCUCACGACUGUCCAACACUGCUUCAGAGGUCUCUUACGGCGAAAAUAGUGAACUACGUUUAAUUCUGUAGUCACUGAAUACACGUUGGUUGUUUAUGUUUCUUUAAUAAAAUUUGUUUGUUUGUAUACAAUGAAAAUUAUAUAAUUCUUUUAAUUAUAUGUGUUGUAAAACGUUAUUCAGUAUGUCUGUAGAUUUAAUGAAUAUUGAUGGAAAUAUAAAACGUGUACAGAAGGAAACUUUAACGCCAUACAAAGUUGCAACUGUCAUUUUAAUUAAAGAAUAUUGUAAUGAAACAACAAAAGCAAUUGUUGAAAGACGUGACUUUUGUUUAGCUGCAUUAAAAUUGAUUCAAUCACCAGAUAUGGAGUUUAAUGCAUUAUUGAAUAUAUUAUACUCUUCUGAAUAUAUUUUGCAUCGUUUUGCUCAUCAGUUGGAGGUGCAAUUAAAUGUGUUGAAAGGAAAAGGAGUCGAAGGACUAUUAGAUCUAUUUGAUAGUGUUGGACGUCUGAUGAAACCAACUUUAGAUCAUUCUCUUUCUUUGCCUGCGCUGAAUAAAAAUUCUGUUCUGGGAUUAUAUAUAAGGAGGGUUAUUAUUUUUUUUGAGAAAUUACCUUUUGAUCAAGUAGUUGCACUCUAUGAAGCUUUAAAAAAAUAUUUAGAAAGAAGAACUAAUACUUCCGAAAGUUCUGGUAUUUGUAUGGGUUCUAAACUAGAUGAUUCUUAUUCGAAUGAAAUUAAAACAACUUGGGGUGGAAGGCAGGCAGAAUUACUUGUUGCACAACAAGCGCAUGCACUGCAGACAGAUGAACACAAAGCAAUGCCCCCUGCAGAGCUACAAGUUCUUGUACGAGAACUUUUAAGUUGCAGUCCUUAUUAUGCUGAAGCUCAUUAUUUAAGUUACUUAAAUUGCUUAAGAGUUAACGAAUAUUGUGGGGCUGUAGAUAGUCUAUAUCAUUGUUUCGAUAGAUUAGCUGCUAUGGAAAAUCGUUCUGCACCUGAAGAUAGGCCUCGUAUCUUUAGAUAUGCAGCUUUAAAUUUAGCGGUUCUACAUGCUCAAUUUAAUCAUAAAGAAGUAGCACAAGCUGCUUUAAAAGAAGCUAUCAUGAUGGCACAAGAAGCUGGUGAUAAUGUAUGUUUACAAUUAGCUCAUGCUUGGAUGUACUAUUUAACUACUAGGCAAAAAGGGCCUCUUAUAGAAAGAUCCGUCGGUAAAGCGAGUAUGUUAGGAAUAACUCAUACAACUGGAUUAGGUCUUAUUGCAUACGCACAUAACUCUGCUUUAGAAGCUAAGAAUCCAUCGCAGGUGUUUGAGACUUUGACAAAAUCUGACGUUUUGAAUUGUCAACAUUCCAUGAUAGAUUUAAUGUCAAUGACGUAUGCUGAAAAAUGUGCAUUAUGGGCGUAUUAUGGUAAGACCGAGAUGUCUUCGAUUUGCGCGCAACUGUUACUUUUACAUAAUACAGGGGAUAAAAAACAACACAUGUUCAAUGGACCAUCUACAUGUCAGGCUGUUGUUAACGUUGCAAAUAUUUUAGUAGAAUUUGGUGAAUAUUCUUUGGUUGACAUUGUACUUGCCCAUGCUAAAGAAAGGUUUCCUAAUGAACCUUGUAAUAAGAUAUGGAUGUUGAGCGAGCAGCUUUAUGUAUUCACACAAUCAGUGAGACAAGAAAAAUGGAGUGAAGCUGAAGCAAUAGCAUCAAAUAUAUCAAGUUUAGAUUCAUUGGAAUGUAAAUUUAGGUUGGCAGAAGUUUAUUUAGGCAAAGGAGACUAUCCCAAAGGUUUAGAGUGCAUUGACAGUAUCGAGAAGGAUGAACAAAUUAUACCUCAAAAUAGAAUACGAGCUAUGAUUCUUUCAAGUCAGUUAAUGUGUGCAUCUGUUUCACCAGAGAAUAGAAUUGCAGGAGCAAAUUCUCUAGUGCUUCUUAAUACAGCCUUAGAAUUGGCUGUAAAAAACCAUUUAUCUUAUUACGAAGCAUUAAUUAAAAUGCAUCUUGCAAAUAUUCAGUUAAUAAUGAAUAUGCCGACCUUAGCAUUAAAUUUAGUGGAGGAAGUAAUUACUCAAAUCUUAGCUCAUGGAGGAUAUUAUGAUCAAGGUAGAGCGUUUGUUUUAUAUGCGAAAUGUUUAGUUGCUACCGCUCCUGCAAGCGAUAAAGCACGAAAAGAAGUGAUUUUAAAAGCAAUUAAAAUACUUUCUAAAGCGAAAGAUUAUUUUACAAAAGUCGAAGCAUUUGGAAGACUUCGAACGACAUUGUGUUUAGAAUCUCUAUUAUGCCACGAGAUUGAUCUCAAAACUGAACGAAACCAAUGUGCUUUUGAAUUUCGUCAACUCGACCAACAACUACUUACAAAACUGGAUAAUUUGUCUUUGUAUUAAAAGAAUAAGAAUAAAUAAGAGUUGCCUAUGAUAUGCAUAUUAUGCUUCCAAAAUUAAUAAAUUUCACAACGAAUCAGAUUUGUGAAAGAAAUGGAACUUGAGGAAAAGCGAGGAUACGAAUAACGACAAGCAUACAAUAGAAACAUUUAUUUAUAGAAUCCGCUGCAAAGAUACAACGGAAGUUUUGAUAAUCUAGUUUUCUACCUACUCCGAUACAGGAGUUAGGUACAUUCAUAGAAAUAUAAGAGUAGAAUGCACGAGCGUGUUGAAGAAAUGAUACAGAAAUAGAAAGGAAAUUAUAUCCUUGUUUGAUCACGUAUUUUUAUCUAUUCCUAUAUUACAAUCAUUCACACGCUAGCAUAUGAUUCAUGCACUUUAUUCUUAUAUAAGUAUGAGUACAAUUCAUGCGAGUUGUUUUCAUGUUUCACUUAUUUCGCAACGUCAUCUUGAUUCUUUAUGAAGAUUCAACUCGCACGAAUCAUGUAAUAAGUGCACACGAGACACAGAUAGGUGAGCGACGGUACACGGAAAUUGCAAGGAUGAAUUUUCACCAAAAAAUGCGAUCCUUUCUAGGAGUAUUAACCCCGACAAUUUCGGUGACACGUCAAAGACAUUAGAUGAUGCUUUGUUGAGGAAAGUUUGGAUGUGUAUAAGUGAUAGAUUACAUCCGGUACAACACGUCAAGAAACACGCAUAUAGGUUUUGAAUUCUAUCAGUGACGUCUUCUGUGAGCAAUUUUUAUCUUAUUCAAGAUUCUCUAUAUUCGAAAAAAGCAUUUGUUUCCUUCACAUUGUUAAUUAUUCUUCCUAUAGUGCUAAUAGUGAGACUCAUUUUGCAAUUACAUUUUCAUUUUAAUCGGAUAUGUUUUUUAUUUUCGAAAACAUGUCUUUCAUUUAACGAUUACAAUAACUUAUUUCAAAUAAACCUGUAAUAUUUUCUUGUUUCAAACACAGGUGCUCACUUUACAAUACAACAGAGUGGGGAAGACGUACGAAGAUACACAGCCGGGUUUACACACAAUACUUCUUUUUUUUGAUUUUUCUAGAUACAGCAAUGUCACGGUUUACUAUAUUGUCACCAUCUUUUCAUUUGUUCAGGCGUGCUACAACUAAAUUAUGCACGAAUCACGCAAUAAACUCAAUUUCUUACAGAAAAUUAGAUGAAAGUUUGCAGAGUUUGUUUCUAAUGGCAGAUACUUUAUUUUAAUUCUAGAUUAAAUUUAUUUAAUAGCUUCUCUCAAACUUAUUUAAUUACACAGCCUCUGGCCAUCUUAGCGUUUUUAAUAUUUUUCAUUCCUUCUUUAUAAAUUCAUAAAGAUAAACUGAAUUUUUGUAAUAAAGCAUUAAACUGAGAGUUACAAAGGCAAUUGAUCAAUGUGACUGAAAGAUCAACAUAUUUAUAAUCAAUUAAGUUAACUCAAGUUAUUAUUUACUAUUUGUAUGAUGUAUUGUUUUGGCAGUCAUGUGUUGUAGAUACAUUAACAUAUUGCAAAUUUGUUUAAAACUUUUGGAAUUAUUAAUUUUAAGAAUGAAACGCCAUUGUGUUUAAAUUAUUGCUGAUCAUCAUUUGUAAUAUUAUUUAUAAAGCAUAAUUGCAUCUUACUUCAAUAAAAAAAGAAGAAAAUCAUACGCAAAAUACAAUCGUGUAUCACUAGAACAAUUACAAAA